UCAGGCACAUUUAAAGCCAGCCUUCUUUUUUGGGUCCUUAGCAUAAGGGUUUGUUUACCACCACGUCACCAGGAAGUACGUCCAGAGUUUCAACAAUGAUGAGACAGGACUCGCAAGACGCGCCUCUUUUUGGUGAAGAUGACGGCAACGUAGGAGCUAGAAAGUCCAACAUUAGGCAUCCGCUGGUCUCUUUCUUCCACCUCUUCUUCCGAACAAGUGCCAUCUUGGUCUACUUGCUGUGUGACUUUUUCAGCAGCCAGUUCAUCGCCUGCAUGGUCACCAUCAUCCUCCUGCUGUCAUGUGACUUCUGGACCGUGAAGAAUGUGUCUGGCAGGUUGUUGGUGGGCCUUCGGUGGUGGAAUCAAGUGGAUAAAGAUGGAAAGAGCCACUGGGUGUUUGAGUCCAGGAAGGCACAAAGUCCGAACACGACAUCCAGUGCCGAGUCGAAGAUCUUCUGGCUCGGACUCAUCGUGUGCCCCGUCUUCUGGAUCAUUUUUGUGUUCAGCACCAUCUUCUCUUUCAAGAUGAAAUGGCUGGCUGUAGUAAUCAUGGGCUUGGUUUUACAAUGGGCAAACUUGUACGGCUACGUCAGAUGUAAGUUCGGUGGACAGACAGACCUGAGGAACAUGGCAAAGAACUACCUUGGUGUCCAGAUUUUUAAACAGGCAAUGAAGAAGACAGCGGAAGCUUGAAACUCCAGAGGUCUAGCGAGGGACCAUCUGCGUCGUGAUGGACGUGUGAUAUCUUCUUCAUGUUUGUUUUCUUCUAAGGGGGUUAAUGUUUAUGAUACAACAGAUUUUUGUAUAUUUGUUUAUUUUCUAUGAAAUCAUUGACUUAUAAAUUCAGUUACCAAACUUUCUAUUAAUGCUUAAGGUUGUCAUUUAUAAUAGAUUUUAAAGUCGGAGCACAGUUAUCAUUUUUAAUGAUGCAAGGUUGAAAUGUAAACCCUUAAUGAUAAAAUGAGUUUACCUCAAAACGGGCACAGUCCCUGGCAGGCUUUCAUGGAUUCACAAAUGGGAGCUAAAGAGGUCAUGUUUUGAUCAUGUCAGGGUUUUGUUGUUAAAAUGAAAAACAAAUCUUUUUUUAUAUUCAAUUUUUGUAACUUGUAAUUGCUCAGCAUCUUUGACUGUACUGUAUGCUGUUGUAAAAAGGGCUUUGGGGGAGCAAUAAAUGUAUAUAGGGUUACCUUA